GGAUGAGGUUUUACAGCAGGACGGUUUCACAACUGUACACAGGGCUUCACAUUGACAUUCACCACCCACCUCCACCGGGCACACCGGUGGCUGAACCUCUCACUCUGUUAGGAUUAACAUCGAAAAUAUAUCACAAACAUUCAUCCACAGACUCGUUCACGCCUUCUUUCUCUAGACGAAAACCGUGGAAAAUACACGUUUUUUUCGCGUUUCACAAGCCUUUUUUGACUCAGAUAGGUCAGAAAUGAUUGGGAAUACCGUGGUUUGUUAAUUUGAUUGUCCCGUCUUUUUUUCUGUCUGGACAAGAAGACGCGUCCUUUGAUACAUUUGGGACAAGUGUUGCAUUUGAAGUCUUUAUUGAACAAACCUUUGAGCGAUGGAGUUGAGUUCAGUGAUCCUAACCACCGGAGGCUCGGUCGGGUUUUUUAGUCUCGUCAAUGCUGGGGUCAGUCAACUGCCCAUGCCUGAAUCUGCCUGCAGGAAUGCAUGGAAAUGGAGAAACAUCUCUACAUCCUUCGUGCACAGCUCUAUCACUGCGAUAUGGGCAGUGCUAUGCUUUUUUCGUCACCCACAGAUGGCCGAAGAUUUGAUAGAAACUCACUCUGUGUUUUCUCACGCCUUGGUGUCGUUAUCGAUCGGCUACUUCAUCUAUGAUUUCCUGGACAUGGUGUUGAACCAGAAGCUGAGUCAUUCCUGGGAGCUUCUCUUUCACCAUGUUGUGGUGAUCACCUGUUUCGGCCUCUCCGUGCUGUCCUACCGCUACAUUGGCUUCUCCGUGGUGGCCCUGAUGGUGGAGAUAAACUCGGUGUUCCUCCACCUCAGGCAAAUGCUGCGUAUGGCCGGCAACACCACGGGCACCCUGUACCGGGUCAACAGCAUCAUCAACCUGGGCACCUACGUGGUGUUUCGCAUCAACACGCUGGCCUGGAUGACCCGCUGGCUUGUGCUCAACAGGGACAACGUGCCACUCAUGGCCUACACACUGGGCAGCGUCGGCAUGGCCAUCAUGACGGUCAUGAAUAUUGUGCUGUUCUGUCGGCUACUCAGGAGCGACUUUUUGAAGAGCAGCACCCGGGAGAACAAGAAAGAGAAGGACAUGUAGCAAAGAGGGGAAGGAUACGAUAAAUACACAGACUCAUUACUGUAUGUUAACGCCCUGUGGCUGAGAUUCGGCAGCCUGUGUGUAAUUUACUUAAAGCUGGGAGAUCUUUUUUCAUCUCUGAUACUGUAUAGGUAACUGCACACAAGUAGUAAAUGGCCUUACAUCAAACACAGAUAACACACGGCCAUUAUGUUAAAACUACAUUUAGUUGUUAAAAUGUAGGCGUGUGUAUCUGUGUGGGGUUCAAUCAUCUCUAAGUGCCUGUAGUGGCUCACUAAUGGUAAAUGGAGGUUUUUUUAAUGUAAUGCCUUGAAAAACAACAUCCAACGCCUUAUUUCCCACAUGGUGUUAAAGCUGAGUCUGUUCUUAAAUCUAGCUGAAGUGAAGACGCACUGUUCAUAAAACAAACCGGCCAACAAUCACGUAUAUUUCCAUAGAAAAGAUGAAAAACAAGUACAAAUAUUUUAACUAUCUAAUCAUUUUAUUUAUACAUUAUAUGAUACUGUUGUGGGUUAUCAUUGACAUCUCACUUAGCAAAGGUUUUUCUUUCCAACACAUCACUGCUACAGAAAACUGCCUGCUACCUCAGAAGGCUUUUAACAUUAUGCGCCUCAUUCUCAAAUAAGUUUGCUGUCAUUUCUUUGUGUAUUUAAAGCAGGAAAACUGCAUUUCUCUGUGAGGAUAUCAUAGAAACAGUAAUAGGGUUAUGGGUGAAUACUUUGAAGUGUACACAAAACAGAUCAGGAUUGAUAACAUAAUGCAGUUCAGCUUGUUAUAUUGCAGCCAAACAUUUAAGAUCGUAAUGAUUUUGCCAAAUUAUAUUAAAUCAUGUUAAUAAUAAGUAAGAAAUCAUGAACCAAACAGCAAAAAAUAAGUUGUAGAUAAGAUAAACCUUUAUUGAUUUGGGGGUUUACAGCAGCACAAAAAUAGACAAAAGUGAGCGGUAAAGAUAAAUAGCAGGGAUUUACUGUUAUUAUACACUUAUUUCUACUACAACCCUCAUUCUUAAAAUAUAAUCAAAGAAAUGUUGACUUAAACAGGCCAUCAGUGUCCAGCAUUAGUCAGUGUACAGGAUGUCUGCUGUAUUUUUCACACUCUUGAAACCCGUAAAAUAAAAAUAAAACAAGCUUAAAGACCAUAAGAAUUGAUCCGAGAUACUGACACAAAUGUCUUGUAUAGUUUGCAUGUAUGGCAUUCGUGGUUAAGUGAUUUGCAGUAGGAGUUUUCAGACGGGCAGAAGAUGUGUUUCUUCGUUUGGCCUUUAGGGGACAGCACACUCCUCCACAUCCCCUCUGAUGAACAUCAGAGGUGUCUUUGUUUUGUAACAUCUUUGUAGAUGUGGGUCUCCUGCCUGUUAAUAUGCCUGAAGAAAUGCAGAAAAAAAUCCUGGUCUGAGAUCUGUGAUUACAGCAAACCUCACACAUGGCUGCUCUAACCACUCGUCAUAGCAUCACAGUCCUCGAGGAAACCAUUAAUUGUCUGCUUAGUGGGUUUUUUCUGUGAAAUCCUUGUUUUGGGGGUAUUUUUGUAAUUUAUUUGUACUCAAAGAAGUUAUUGAAUGUUUUGAUUAUAGUGAAGCUGACAUGAUUGCGUGAGUCGUGUUGUCCGCAGGCACUGUUCCGAUUUUGGUCUUAUAUUUACAUUAACUAACGUCCGAUGGAGGAAGCUCAAAGUCAUUUAGAACUGAUCAUGUUCAAACCGCUUAAUCCAGCCUGUCCAAUCACAUUACAAACAUAAUUACAGACAGGAUCAUGCUAUACUCAGAAACAAGUCCCAAAUUGUAAAUAUAGCUUACAAAAUGCACUAAACAUACAGCACUGAUUGAGAGGGAGACAGUUAAACUUGGAUUAUUGUUGUAGUAAUUGAUAUUAGGAUCAAAAGUAACUGCCUUUGUAAAUUAUAUUGUGAAUAUCCAUUUGCAAUUUCGUUUUUUUCAAUUCUUCAAAAUGCUUCAGGCAGCUUUACUUUGUUGUAGUGAAGACACCUGGUGAAAUUUAAGUUCCUUUUUACAAUUGAGCUGAUAUUUGUGAACGUGUUAAAACUGUAUUUUAAUUGGAAUUAUACACGAUGUUGUGAUAAAAUAUAGUAGUGAAGUCUGAGCCUUAAAUUAUGAUUGUGCCCAGGCCGCAGGAUUAUUAUAUGGUGUUGUAUUUGUGGGUAGUGAAUACAAGAACAUUUUAGGAGAAAGUGGCAGCAGUUAUGAAGUUUUGUUGCCACAUCCCCUCCUAUUUCUCAUUAUACACAGUGAAUGUUGACUGCAUUGAUCUCCCAGAAUCAGAUUCUUUAUCACACCCAACAAAUCAUAUCAGAUUUAUGUUGUUGCUUGUUCAUUUAUGUGCUUCUCUUACGUUCUUUCUGGUAGUUGGUGAAAUAUUGUCUAAUAUUGCUAAGUAUGAAAAAAGGAAAUUCAUAACAGUGAAGACUAUUGACACUGUGCAUCAUUGCCUAAGACCUGAAACAUCCGAAUAUUGAAACAAUCGAGACCCACUGAGGUUGGGAAAGCAAAAUCAUCGUCUUUCCUCAGAGCAUUGAAUGUCACUGAAUGAUGCCUUGAAGUGUAAAUAUAACAGCUUUAUUUUUUAUUUUUUUGGCAGAUUGUUUUUUAAUUAAAGUUCCAAUUUACAUGUUUAUGUAUUAAUAUUUUUUGUUCGAUGUAAACACACAAAAAAUAAACACAAGAACAACAA